GGUCGGUGUAGCUGGGGCCGGGAUCCGCGCUGUGGGACGCUCCCCCGGCGGGACCCGGGGCUGAGGAGUCCCCGCGCGGAGGCCUGGCCUGACACGCAGUGGUACCGCCCCGCCUCCCCGACGCCACCGUUGCAGGAAGCCGGAAGCGGCGGGAAGAAGCUUUAGCUUGGCAGGGCCGGGCUGGAGGCGCGGAUCGCGGUGCUGGGACGGGGUCCCUGCCUGCAGCUUGAAAAGAGAAUCAACUAAUCGAGAGAGAACAUGCAGAGCACUUCCAAUUAUCUAUGGCUUUUAUCUGACGUUCUAGGACAAGGAGCCACUGCAAAUGUUUUUCGUGGACGACAUAAGAAAACUGGGGAUUUAUAUGCCGUCAAAGUAUUUAACAACAUAAGCUUCCUUCGUCCUGUGGAUGUUCAGAUGAGAGAAUUUGAAGUAUUAAAGAAACUGAAUCACAAGAACAUUGUCAAAUUGUUUGCUAUUGAAGAAGAGACAACCACUAGACACAAAGUACUUGUUAUGGAAUUUUGUCCAUGUGGGAGCUUAUACACUGUUUUAGAAGAGCCAUCUAAUGCCUAUGGGUUGCCAGAGUCUGAGUUCUUAAUUGUGCUGAGAGAUGUGGUGGCUGGGAUGAAUCAUCUCAGAGAAAAUGGAAUAGUGCACCGUGACAUCAAACCAGGCAAUAUAAUGCGAGUUAUAGGUGAAGAUGGUCAGUCUGUUUACAAACUGACAGAUUUUGGAGCUGCUAGAGAGUUGGAAGAUGACGAACAGUUUGUUUCUCUCUAUGGCACAGAAGAAUAUUUGCAUCCUGAUAUGUAUGAGCGAGCAGUGUUGAGGAAGGAGCAUCAGAAGAAGUAUGGAGCAACAGUUGAUCUGUGGAGCAUAGGAGUGACAUUUUAUCAUGCAGCAACAGGGAGUUUACCAUUCCGACCUUUUGAAGGGCCUCGCAGGAACAAGGAAGUGAUGUAUAAAAUUAUCACUGGAAAGCCUUCUGGUGCCAUAUCUGGAGUACAGAAAGCAGAAAAUGGACCAAUUGAAUGGAGUCGAGAUAUGCCUAUUUCCUGUAGUAUUUCUAAGGGCCUGCAAGUACUGCUCACGCCUGUUCUUGCAAACAUUCUUGAAGCAGAUCAGGAAAAAUGCUGGGGAUUUGACCAGUUUUUUGCAGAGACCAGUGACAUACUCCACCGAAGAAUAAUUCAUGUCUUUUCGCUACAGCAAAUGACCUCACACAAAGUUUAUAUUCACAACUAUAAUACAGCUGCCAUAUUUCAUGAAUUAGUCUACAAACAGACAAAAAUAACUUCUCAGAACCAAGAACUGAUAUACGAAGGCCGUCGUUUAGUACUAGAGCCUGGAAGAUUGGCACAACAUUUUCCUAAAACCACUGAAGAAAAUCCUAUAAUUAUAGUAAACAGAGAGGCUGCGAACAUCGUAGGAUUAAUCUAUGAAGAAAUUUCACUUCCUAAAGUACAUCAGCGGUAUGACUUAGACAGUGAUGCCAGUAUGGCUAAAGCAGUAACAGGUGUUGUAUGCUAUGCCUGUAGAGUUGCCAAUGCUUUGCUGCUUUACCAGGAAUUAAUGCGAAAAGGAAUACGAUGGUUAAUUGAAAUAAUCAAGGAAGACUACAAUGAAACGGUGCACAAAAAGACAGAGGUUGUCAUCAAGUUGGAUUUCUGCAACAGGAACAUUGAGAUAGCUGGAAAAAUAUACGAAAAUCUGAUGCAGAUCCACUUGGAAACAGAAAUGGAUGAAAUUUCAGAGAUACAUACUAAACUAUUGCUUCAGCUUUCUAGCUCUCGGGGAACAAUAGAGCCCAGUCUUCAGGACAUUGAAGAUAAACUGUCUCCUGGUGGAUUGCUGAGUGAUACCUGGGCAAAUCAGGAAGGCACACAUCCCAGAGACAGAAAUCCAGAAAAGCUACAAGUAUUGCUGAGUUCUAUCACAGAUAUUUAUUAUCAGUUCAAGAAAGACAAAGCAGAACGUAGACUUCCUUAUAAUGAGGAACAAAUCCACAAAUUUGACAAGCAGAAGCUGAAUUUACAUGCCACAAAAGCCAUAUCUCUGUUCAAAGAUGAAUGUGUCAGCAAGUAUGAGACAUUUUUGGACAAAGCAGAGGACUGGAUGAGAAAGAUGCUUCAUUUGAGGAAGCAGUUACUGACGAUCACCAGACAGUGUUUUGAUAUUGAAGAAGAGGUAUCCAAAUACCAGGACUAUAUAAAUGAGUUACAAGAAACUUUGCGACAGAAAACGUUUGCAGUUUCCACUGGGAUCAAACAUACAAUGAAUCCAAUCUAUCCAAGUUCAAACACUUUAGUGGAAAUGACUCUUGGUAUGAAGAAACUGAAGGAGGAAAUGGAAGGUGUUGUUAAAGAACUAGCUGAGAAUAACCACAUUUUAGAAAGAUUUGGUGCUUUGACUGUGGAUGGUGGCCUACGGAAUGUAGACUGUAUCUAGUCAACAAAGGAGCAUGAAAGGACUGUUCAUUUUUCACAAAAAAAAAUGCUAUAAGGGGCAUUUAAAUGCAGAAAAACCAUUCUGUACAGCAAUUUUUUUCUGCAACUCUAGUAUAACAAAAGUAUGUAAAUAUGUAUAUACUGUAAAUAUAACCAUUAUAUCAGUCUUUUUUGUUAAUGUUAAAAUAGAAUUACUGAUACGUUUUCUGAGAUGGUUAAACAUUUUAUCCAUUUAAAGAACUCUGGCAAAGGCUUACAGCAUGCAUAAUGCUUAAAUAGACAUUCAUUGAAUGUUGAUUUUUAGGUCAUGAUUUACUUUUGUUUCUUGAAAGAGAACUUGUGGCUAGAACUAGCCUGCAUUUAGAGAAGUUAUUAAUAGUUUUUAAAGCCGUGGUUCCCAAACUUGGGGGGUGUGAAAUAAUGUUUGGGGGGCACAAAGCGGGGCACCACUACUUUAAAGGGCACCUGGGCUCCCCUUAAUACCAGUAUGUUAUUUCAGAACCUAGUCAAUGACUCAUCAUCAGCUACAGUACUUGAAUGAAGACCAUUUGAUCUUGUCUUUGCUUCUGUAAUUCAAUGUGAACAACAUGCACUUAGGACAAAGAGAGGAGAUACGUUUCUUCCCUCUUGUCUACCAAGUUAAUAGAUCACUUGUGAGUCAGAAAAUAAAUUCACAAGGUUUUUAGUCCUGUCCAUGUUGGAUGCCAUGUUCUCCAUGAUAAUCAUUUGGCUAAGUAUUAUGGGAGUUUAGUGUUGGAGUCCAUAAACCAUUUUCCAUCUUGCUUCAGUGCUUUUAACAUCAGCAAAACAACUAUUUUUUAAAAAUGUAAUUCUCAGAAAGAGACCAAAACCAACAAAGUACAAUAUCACAGCUUAUGACUAAUAAGACUUAUGACUAAUGUUAAACUUGUGAGAGAAAAUAUAAUAAUACUUUUUUACAUCGGUGGUACCCCAUACUGCAGGCUUCUGGCAUCUAACAAAAAUCAUUUGAAACUAAAAGCAGCUACUAAAUAGAAAAGUUAGCACAUUCAGAACCAGUAAGUGCACCCAGCCCAACCUCAAAUACAAAAUUAAUACUACACCCUGCUCCUCCAACACUCCACAACUCAGCCCAAAACAUGGAGAAGAAAACUGUCUGCUCCAAAACCUACGAAAUUAAAAAGGAAGCAGACAUCCCGAGUCUUGCCACCUCCUGUAGUCUGCUGCAUAUUGUUGAGGAAGAGCAUUCAAGGAUCAUGGGCCUCAUCCUUUGGGCCUGAAGCAACGGCCUCAUCCUUUCUCUUUUGAGACCAUGCCAGGGAUGUCCAACAGUUCCAUCUCUGCCAUUCCUAUUUUCAAUAGAGCAUGUAGGGUAACAUGUAGUCCCUCAAAUAGAUUAGUCCUAGAUUAUUUCAUGCUUUAUAUAACAACAGUAAAACCUUGAAGCAUGCAACCAAAUGAAAAGCAGCCAGUAACAGGUAUACGUGUGUAAGACUCAGUUUUGUGAUGUUUAUUCCUUUGUCUUUCUGCCCCCAUCACAGUAUAGGAAUAAAAACAUUAAAAUGUAUUUUAUACUUAAAAUGGAAGUUAUGAAGUUGGUGUUUCUGGUUGGUUGCUCCAAUAUUAAAGCAGGAUAUAUACACUGUUUUAUAGUCUCUGAUACUGGGUUCCUAUCCUUACCUGUUCAAAUAUAAUUUACCCCUACAUAUAGUAAAAGAUGUUCCUCAGCUUGCAAACUUUUUUAAAAAAAUUGCUCUCCAAAACCCAUUUUUUCUGGUUUAGCCAUGUCAUUUAAAAGUGUUUACUGCGAAGUAUUUAAAUUAUGGGAAUAUUUUAGGGCCAGAUUGUGCUAGCAUUCACAUGAAUGUCAUUAAAUUUUAUGUGCAUAGAUGUUUGAAGGAUCAGGUCCUUAAAUUGUACAUAAAUGUAGAUUAGAAUCACUGAGAUUAUUUCUAUGCCUGUGUUGUUUUGUUCAUUAUUUUAAGGUAUUUUAACUUUGGAAAACAAAUUAUAUUGGUUGAAAGAUCAAAUUUUCAGAGAAAAGAGAAAUGUAAGAGGAAUAGAGGAGUCUUAUUUCUCUUACAUUGAAGCCGUCUGAAUGGGGAGAGUUAAUUGUUGUAAACAUAGAGUUUGUAUGCCACGGUUUACAGUCGCUUACUAUUUUCACAAGGAUGAAAACGUUCAAUUUUUUUUUCUAUCAUGUUUCUUCAUAACAUGUCAAUUUAAAAAUACUGCUGGUUUUAGUCUUGUAAACCCACCACUAAUGUAUGUAGGCUUGUUAAAAUUGUUUUGAAAAAUAAUUUGUUACAUCUGGCUAAGGGACUUGAAGUAAUCAGUUAAGCAUAUUACUGAUUACUUUCUUAUGAAACUUCCCUUACUGGCUUUAGUCCUUGAUGCCUGGUGUGUCAUGAGAUUGGCUUUGUUCAUACCAACUGUCAUAAUAUUGUGAGUCCUUAAUAUGGAAAGUAAUAGGUUUGCCAAGACAGACAAUUGAUAGUACUAUGGGUUUUUUCCCCCUCUGAAACAGAAUUACUACUUUAGAGUUAUAGUGUUAAGUAACUGAUUCAAGUAAUACAUUAACAAGCCUGUCUACAUAUUAAUUGUAAAAUUGCAUGAGUGAAUGACUUGUAUACAUAAAUACAAUAUCAACAACUUAUUCCAAGAUGUCUUUAAUUUCCAGGCUUCUUUUCAUAAUUUAUUUUCAUUUUGUUUUGUAAAAAUUGGCUUUUAAUGUUCAUGAUAUACCAUUAUUUCCCCCUUAAACCCAAAUGAAAUAUAAGGAAUAAAAUUACAAAUGUCAAAUCAUUAUUUAGAUUGCAGUAG